UAUUUUAUCGGCACAAGUAAGCUCAACCCUCCUCAUUUGGUUAACUCAGAAAGCCGAAAGCUGCUCCUAACCUUCGUAGGGUUUUCUCCAGCGCAGAAUUCAGCAUGGCAGGAGGGAAGAUACGCAAAGAAAAAAGUCACCGUGGCUCCGCUGGAGCUCACUACCAGGGCGGAAUACAAUUUCACAAGUCCAAAGGUCAGCACAUACUGAAAAAUCCUAUGUUAGUUGACACAAUCGUCGAGAAAUCUGGCAUCAAACCAACCGAUGUCAUCCUCGAAAUCGGUCCGGGUACUGGUAACUUGACUAAGAAGCUUCUAGAAGCCGGAAAGUCCGUCAUAGCUGUCGAGCUUGACCCUCGUAUGGUUCUGGAGUUGCAACGGAGAUUUCAAGGAACUCCACCUAGUAAGCUAAAGAUUAUACAAGGGGAUGUUCUGAAGUGUGAUCUUCCAUACUUUGACAUCUGUGUGGCAAAUAUCCCAUACCAAAUCUCGUCUCCUCUUACUUUCAAAUUACUAUCUCAUAGGCCACUAUUCAGGGCUGCAGUUAUUAUGUUUCAAAGGGAAUUUGCCAUGAGGCUUGUUGCUCAGCCCGGCGAUACUCUUUAUUGCCGCCUUUCUGUCAACACUCAACUGUUAGCCCGAGUCUCCCAUCUUCUGAAGGUAGGAAGGAACAAUUUCAGACCUCCACCUAAGGUUGAUUCUUCAGUAGUCAGAAUUGAGCCAAUGAAGCCGUUUCAAAAUCUGAACUUCAAGGAGUGGGAUGGUUUAGUUCGAAUAUGCUUCAAUAGGAAGAAUAAAACUCUAGGUGCAAUUUUUAGACAAAAGACGGUGCUUUCAUUGCUAGAAAAGAACUACAAAACUCUGCAAGCAUUGCAGAUACCUGAGAAUGGAUCCUUAGAGGACACAGAUAUGUCUUUGGCUGUAUCAGCCUUAGGAGAUACGCUUGGAGACAUGAGUAUGGACACGGACGAUGGGGAUGAUGACAAUGAGAUGGAUAUGGAUGAUGGUGAUGCUAAAGGAUCAGAUUUCAAAGAAAAAGUUGUGUCAGUGUUGAAGCAAGGGAAAUUUGAAGAUAAGAGGUCUUCCAAACUCACGCAAGUAGAUUUCAUGCACCUACUUUCUUUGUUCAACAAGGCUGGAAUUCACUUUUCUUAGGCCCCUCUGCUUUUUAUAUCUAUACAUAUUUGUUUGUGCGAGCCUGGAUGCAUAUUUCUUAGCUCAAGCAGCUGGUUGGCAUUCAUCCAUUUUGGUCUUCCAAUAUGAUCUAAAUUCAAUUUUGGUUCAUUAUAUACAUACAUAUAUAAUUUUCUGCCACAAUUAAAACAUUUCCCAUGAUACUUGUUCUUGAAAACAUCACUCUUAGAUCA